AUGCUGCAUUUCUGGGUCCGGAAUGGCUAUAAUAGCUUUAUCCAUCGGCGGUUAUAUGAUAAGGGUAUGCCCAUGUGUCUCCAGGACGCCUUCACAACGCUCGCGACGUACGUGAGUCGCACGCCGGCGAUAAAGGAGACGAUACUGCAGAUUGCCGAGUGGCGCUCAGCCGCACUCGCCAGCCAGGGCCCAUGUGCUGCCGGCGGCGCGCAAGGUAUACGGGCGCAACUAGCGCGUAUCCACGCCCUGUUUGCCUACCAGUUCAUACUGCUGUUCGACGGCUCGGUGCGUUCGCGCGCGCACGCCGAGAAGCAGCAGCCAACGCUGCGGCAGUGGGUGGUCCAGAUAUGUCAGGCGGCGAAGCGAUACAGAGGAGAAGAUAUAUUCGCCCAGAACAACUACCCGCCCCACGGGACCGUCAGUAAGUUUGACAGAGAAUACGACGCGUCCUCGAAGAUGUGGCAGCUGUGGAUUCUGAUCGAGAGCGUCCGGCGCUCGCAGCUCAUCAUCGAUACCAUCUCCAAUAUAUACGACGUCAUGACCAAGGGGUGGGCUGACUGUGCGGGUGCUGUUAUGUUUACGGCUCGUGGUGGGCUGUGGGAAGCUGAUUCUGCGGUGAAAUGGGUUGAGUUGUCUUCGGGGGAAGAGCCGCUUUUGGUGCCGUCUCUGCAGCCUGGGCCGCUUAUCUCGCAGCAUAAUGCUGACGAGUUUGAUGAUUUGAUAAAGGUAAUCUGGACGUGUAUAAUUGGCAGAGAUAAGAUGAAAUGCUGGAUUGACAAGAGUAUCCAAGCUCUCCUAGAUGCCUUCUACAACCGAGGCUACAGGGACAUCGACACCGGGCGCAACUACCCCGGGUCCGAGGAGCGCCUCGGGCGAGCCGGGGCCGCCUCCCGGUUCAUCAUCCACACCAAGGUCAAAGACGGCCUUCCCGGGUCCCACGAGCCCGCCAAGAUCGAGCAGAGCAUCAAGCUCUCUCUCGAGGAGCUCAAGACUCCCAGCGUAGAGACCAUGUACCUGCACGUGCCCGACCGCCAGACGUCCAUCGAGGACGCGGCGAAGGCGAUCAACGAGGGCGUCAAGCAGGGCAAGUACAAGCGAUUCGGACUGUCCAACUACACCGAGGACGAAGUGCAGAAGUUCAUCGACGUCGCCGAGGAGAAGGGCUACGCUAAGCCGGACCUGUACCAGGGGCAUUACAACGCGCUGGUCAGGGGAGGCGAAAAGACGCUGUUCCCGCUUCUGCGUAAACAUAACAUCUCCUUUUUUGCCUACAGUCCUGCCGCAGGCGGUAUUUUCACCGGCAACGCCGGAAAAUCCACCACGUCGUCGCGGUGGAAAGACGACAACCAAAUCGGCAGACUAUACAGCGCCGUCUACGGCCAGCCCCCCGUCCAAGCGUCCGUCGACGUGGUCCGAGCCGCCGCGGAGAAGUACGGUAUUAGCGGCCACGCGGCGGCGCUGCGGUGGACGACGUUCCAUAGCAUCCUAGACGGAAAGUAUGGCGACGGCGUCGUCUUCGGCGUCUCGAACUUGGAUCAGUUGAAGAAGACGCUUGGUGCGCUUGAGGAUGGACCGCUCCCUGCCGAGCUUGCGGAUGCCAUUGGGGCUGUUUAUGCUACGGUUGAGGGCUCUGGACCGCCUUAUCAUUUGUAG